CCGGGCCGAAGGAGGCGGGCUCCCGGGAUCCGCGGUGUCCGGCAGUAGAGCUCGCUGCAGAUCCGGGCUCUGACCAUGUUUUGGCGCCGCGCGGCGCUGGCGGGGACGCGGCUGGUUUGGAGCAGGAGCGGCUCGGCAGGCUGGCUUGACAGGGCGGCGGGAGCUGCGGGAGCUGCGGCAGCUGCGGCCUCUGGGAUGGAGAGCAACACAUCAUCAUCUUUGGAGAAUUUAGCGACGGCGCCUGUGAACCAGAUCCAAGAAACAAUUUCUGAUAAUUGUGUGGUGAUUUUCUCAAAAACAUCCUGUUCUUACUGUACAAUGGCAAAAAAGCUUUUCCAUGACAUGAAUGUUAACUAUAAAGUGGUGGAACUGGACCUGCUUGAAUAUGGAAACCAGUUCCAAGAUGCUCUUUACAAAAUGACUGGUGAAAGAACUGUUCCAAGAAUAUUUGUCAAUGGUACUUUUAUUGGAGGUGCAACUGACACUCACAGGCUUCACAAAGAAGGAAAAUUGCUCCCACUAGUUCAUCAGUGUUAUUUAAAAAAAACUUCCUAUCAACGAGAAUUUUUAAAGUGCCUACUAUACAAAGCAUUUUCCUAGUUGAUCCCACAGAGUCACUUGGGGCAGAUUACCAGAUGCUGAGAAGAAAAAACCCUUCAUCAGAGGUGGAGGAAAAAUGGAUUUCAAGAGUGCUUCUGGUUUUUGUCAGGAUGGACCAGAGAAUCUGGAACAGUCCUGAAGAAUACAGCUGGUGGCUUCCUUGGCCUUUUGCCAUCAAUGAUGCUUCUUACUUGGAUUUAAACUGCCAUUAGGAAACCUCGUGAUCAAGAAUUUAGACAAGAAUUUCAUUCCCAUGUGAUAAUUUAGGUUAUAACACUAGAAUGGAACAAAGAGUAGAAUGUCUUUAGUUCUUUAUUUUGCAUUAUGUCGUAAGAAAGUUCUUGCUAUGUUGUAAAAUCGUUGUUAGAUUCAGGCUUUUGGGGAUUCUGAAAACACAUUUUGUUAGAGAGUUGAAGUCUAUUACCUGAGAAAGGUAAAACUGUGUCAUAAUCAUUCAUCAUACUAGGUAUUAAGGGUAGAGACAAGUUACUUCAAGGUAUAGAAACACUGACCAGUACUCGACUGUGAAAAACAUCUUUACCUUUAGCAUUUUUUUUUUGAAACAGUCUCGCUCUGUUGCCCACACUGGGGGGCAAUGGUGCAAUCUCAGCUCACUGCAACUUCCACUUCCUGGGUACAAGCGAUUCUCAAGCCUCAGCCUCCUGAGAGUAGCUGGGACUACAGGCGAGCACCACCACACUUCGCUAAUUUUUUGUAUUUUUAGUACAGCCGGGAUUUCGCCAUGUUGGCCAGGCUGGUCUCAAACUCCUGAGCUCAGGCGAUCCGCCUGCCUUGGCCUCCCAAAGUGCUAGGAUUACAGGCAUGAGCCACUGCACCUGGCCUGUGAAGAAACAUCUUUUAUCAUGCUUCCUAGACUGGUAGGACAUAGGCUGAGAGGCGAGUGGUGGUUUGUUCUUGAUUAUGUUCAGAUCUUGAAAUAAUUCAACAUUAGGGAGAGAAGCCUUAUCAUCAAAAGCCUCAAAAACUACUGAAGGUAAUAUGAUAUCUGAUUCUCACUAUGGCUUUAUUUAAAAUAGAAGAAAUAAACCCUUCUAAUAUCUGCCUCUUAGUCUUCUGAAUUAAACUCAUUGACUAAUAAAAGAUUUUUACUUUGGAGGGUUUAGCACUGCAUCAAAAAGGAAGCAGAUCUCCUAUUUGUUAAACGCUAAGGAAUGAAAGAAAAUAACAAUAAAUCUGACCUCUUUUUGCCAUAUGGCACAUUAAAUAUCUUUGAAAAAAACCCCAAAACAGUAACAAAAGCUUGCCGCUCUAAAACGUUUAAAAUAUCGGACACAAUAAUAAAUUUUUAAGAAUGCAAGGCUAAGCAGGUUUUAAAAAGUAUAGGGACUCUCCAAGAGGAAAACAAAACCAGGAGCAGAAUCCAAGGAUAUAGGGAAGCACUGAAGCCAGCAGCUCCCUUACUGACAGUGCCAAUCGUGGAAUGCCAACAGCUUUAGUUUUAACUGUAUGCAAGGGGCUGGUUACAAAGCUGGGGGUUAAGGGAGAAAGAUUUAGAUAGGAGACCACAGCAUACCACCACCAAAUCUUCAGUUAAAAAAAUUCAUAAUAUACUUUCAGAGCAUAGCUGAUGAUUUGUCAAGACAGACAAGCAUUCAAAUCACUAAAGGUGUAACCAUUAGGUAGGUGACUUAACCUCCCAGAACUUCAAGUUUCUUAUAAAAUGUAGGUUAUAGUACUUUCCUUUAGGAUUUACUUUUUGAGGAAUGGAGAUAAUACAUGUAAAUCAUUCAGAGUGGUUUUUAAUAGACAAUACAUAAUGGCUAUCAUUAAUCACAAUGGUUCAGGUAUGUGUGUUUUCUUGUGGACGCAUCAGGGUUUUCCAAGAUUCCUACCUGUACCCAGCCAAGAAUUUAGGGGGCAGGGGAAGCCUCUGGGGUUUCAUGUUGUCUUGGAUAUUGAUUUCCAUUUCUUCUCCCUUUCCAUACCUUACAGCUGGAUAAAAGUAAGAGACUGGUGACUAAGAAAAACUUGUAAUUUUUUUCCUCAGUCCUUAUUUUUACAUUUUUUAUUUACUUUUUUUUUUUUUUUUUUUUUUGAGACAGGGUCUCCCUCUGUAGCCCAGGAUGGAGAACGGUGGCUCUAUCAUGGCUCACUGCACUCCUGGGCUGAAGUGAUCCUCCUACCGUAGCCUUCUGAAUAGCUAGGGCUACAGGCACAUGCCACCAUGCUCAACUAAUUCUUUUUAGUUUUUUGUAAAUAUGGGGGUCUUACUGUGUUGCCCAGCAAGAUCCCCAUAGUUACAACUUUUUACAGUUUUGAACUCCUAGGCUCAAGCAGUCCUCCUGCUUUGGCCUCCUGAAGUGCUAUGAUUACAGGUGUAAGCCACAAUGCCCGGCCCUUUAUUUUAAGAUCUGAAAUAUGAGCUGUUUACUGGAGUUCAUUAACAUAAAAAACCAGGCCAUUUUUCACUUUAUCAUUAGAUAAUCAAUAUACAUUUUAAUUGCCAAAAUAUCUGUAAUUGAAAAGCUGUUGAAAAAAAGGGAUUUUCUGUACCUGGAUUUUACUGUUUACUGAUAAAAAAUUACCAUUUGAACAACAUCUUUUAAAGUCAGGUUUUCUUCAUAAGGUUUAAUAUUGUUAAAAUUUAUUAAAUCUAGUAUGUAUAAUUUGUGAUCCUUCUCGUACAAGUGUUGAAAUGAGUGCUGUAAAAUCAACCAAAUGUUUUGAAGUUUUGGUGAAUAUAUUCUGAUGUAACUUGCUUUCAGUUACCUACAGUUCAGAUCUUAGAACUUUUCAGAAAAUUUUUAUGGGAAUUGAGAGAAAAAUGUCUGCAAAUUGGCACUGAAACAGUGUUUUUAUUUGCAUAGUUGACUUUUUGUGUUUGGAUGAUAACUUUUGCCAAAGGCAAUUUUGAGUAGAUCUUUUCACAAAAGAAUCCUAUUUUAAAACUUUAAAGAAUUUGUUUUCAUUAAAUCUAAUCAUUUGUUAUAAUUGAAUUCCAGGGGUAAAGAAUCUUUAACUUCAUAUACUUUUACUACUUACAUAAAACUAGAUACAUUAAAAGGUCAAUGUUAAUUAUCAAAACUUAAAUUUUACCUUGUUCAAAUACAAGAUUACUAAAGGCUUUAGAUUUUUUAAGGCAUAUUAUAACCUUAACAUUCGUAUUUCUUGAAAGAGAUAGACAGACACUUAUUUAAUGUGCAUAGAGUUUAUUUGGUACAUCUAUCAAUUUCUACAAUAACUGACCAAAAACAGUUCACACAGUGUCCACCUGCACUCCAUGUCUAAAAUGAUUUAUUUAGUAGGGUAUUUUGCAAGGCUAGAAAGGAGAGAAAGGAUUUCACAGUAUCGGUGAAAACUGUUUUAUCAUGAAACAAAUGUAAUACAUUAAUAUAUUCAUUCAUUCUCUAUUAGAAAACAGCAAAAUUACAUUGUUAGUUGUAUUAUUUACAGUGAAAACUUGGAAGACUUGACAAAGCAUCAGUUAGUUUAUCAACAGACCUAGGAAGCUCCCUGUCCCCUCCUUUCAGGGUCCUUUCCUUGGAAAUGAAAUAAACUUAAAUCAGAUUUUACAUACCUUUAAGCACCAGCUUGACAAUUUAAAGUUUUAUUUCAGUUUUAUAAAAUACUCCUGCUUUGAAAGGCAAAGUGAAUGUAAAAAUGUGAAUGUAAUUAAACAAGUCACUGGCCUGGAAACUUUUUAUUGCAAUAGUCUUUAUGUUUUACUACUAUAUUCACUUCUUGGAAUGAAUUUGCUUGUAGGUUUGAAACAAAAUAUUUGCCUUUUGUCUUGAAAAAUUCCCUUAAAAAAUUAAUUAUUUUUGGAACUGUACAACUACAUUUUCAUUCGAUGUUAAAUAUGCAACUUGGUCCUUGGAUAUCAUGUUACAAAGUCCAACCUGUUGGAUAGCUUGUUAUAGAAAACAAUAAAAAACCUUAAACUA